AUGCAACAAUCGAUGCUCAAGUUGAUCCACAAGUCACAUCUAGGAAUGGUGAAGUGCAAACAGCGUGCUCGUGAAGUCCUGUACUGGCCGGGAAUGAAUGCAGACAUAGAGCAAACUAUCAAGAACUGUGGAAAGUGCGCUGAUUUUCAGAAGAGCCUUCCGUCAGAACCGCUAGCAAGUAAAGCGCCACCAGACCUCCACUUCUCAGAAGUUGGUACUGAUCUGUUCGAGUAUGAUCACAGAACAUACUUGCUGUCAGUGGAUUACUACUCCAAAUACAUAGAAGUAGACUUGCUACAAAACACUACAAGCAGAUCAGUGAUUGAAGCACUCAAAUCACAAUUCAGCAGACAUGGAAUUCCCACAGUUCAAAGAAGCGACUGUGACAGCCAAUACAUGUUAGCAGAGUUCUCCAGCUCCAAUGGUGAAGCACAGAGAGCUGUACAGACAGUAAAGCAUUUAUGGAAGAAAGCAACUGACAAGCACUUGGCCCUACUGGAUUACCGGACUACACCCCUGGAAGGACUCAACCUAUCACCCGCUCAGCUACUGAUAGGAGGGCGACCUCGAAAUGUCCUUCCAACAACAUCAGCCAUACUCAGACCAACCCCAUACAGCUCACACGAAGUGAGACCCUAUCUCACCAUAGAAAAGGCCAAACAGAAGUACUAUCAUGACAAAUCAGAAGCCAGAGAACUAACACCACUGCAGGCAGGAGAACAAGUCAGAAUUGCUCCAUACCCAGGGACCAAGAAGUGGACCUCAGCUGUAGUGGUCGAACACCAUACCAUGCCCAGGAGAACUGACGAAGGAGGACAGGACGAAGAGGAGAGUACAUCUGAAGAGAAUGAGAAGGAACAACAACCACCUACCAGAGGACAAGCACAGACACCAAUGCCAUCAUCCCAAAGCAGUGAACAGCGCAGCUCAAGCAGCAUACAACCUGGUCCCCCCCGGAAAGGAGUGGCACGGAAGUGGGCCCAUACGUCACCCGCAGUGGAAAAGCUGUUAGAGCUCCAAACAGACUAG